CUUAGGGUGCAACGCUGUGUAGGGGGGCGUUUGUUAGCGCAACACGCCGGCGGCCCCGUUCGUGUGUUUUCUUUUAUUUCUGAAAGAGGGAGAAACAACGACCGCAAACGAUGGAGGAGUCCAAGAAUAAAGACAGAAAGCAGCCGGAGAAGACGGAGGAGAAGGAGAAACAGCCGGCCGGGAAGGAUAAGGAGAAGAAAGAAGAGCAAGAGCUGUCGGAAGAGGACAAGCAGUUGCAAGAAGAGUUGGAAUUGAUGGUCGAGAGACUUGGUGAGAAGGAUACCUCUCUCUACCGCCCCGCACUUGAGGAGUUGCGUAGGCAGAUUCGUUCCUCCACGACCUCCAUGACCUCUGUGCCCAAACCUCUGAAGUUCCUGAGACCCCACUAUGGCAAGCUCAAGGAAGUCUACGAAGGAAUGGCUCCUGGAGAGAACAAGCGUUUCUGUGCUGACGUGGUUUCUGUCCUCGCUAUGACGAUGAGCGGGGAGCGGGAAUGUUUGAAGUAUCGUCUGUUGGGUUCACAGGAAGAACUGGCAUCCUGGGGCCAUGAAUACGUCAGGCACCUUGCGGGAGAAGUUGCUAAAGAGUGGCAGGAGAUCGAGGAGGGCGAUAAGGCGCAGCAGGAGACUCUGCUGAAGCUGGUGAAAGAGAUCGUGCCCUAUAACAUGGCCCACAAUGCCGAGCACGAGGCUUGCGACCUGCUCAUGGAGAUCGAACGACUCGACAUGCUGGAGAUGUACAUCGAUGAGAACGCCUACGCUAAAGUCUGCCUUUACCUCACUAGCUGUGUGAGUUACGUUCCUGAGCCGGAGAACUCCGCUCUGCUGAAGUGCGCCCUCAACAUCUUCCGCAAGUUCAACCGUUACCCCGAAGCCCUCAGGCUGGCGCUGAUGCUCAACGACGUGGAGCUGGUGGAGAACAUUUUCACCUCCUGCAAAGACAUUGUGAUUCAAAAGCAGAUGGCGUUCAUGCUGGGCAGACACGGCAUGUUUCUGGAGCUGAACGAAGAUGUGGAGGAUUACGAGGAUCUGACGGAGAUCAUGUCCAACGUGCAGCUCAACAGCAACUUCCUCGCCCUUGCUCGUGAGCUGGAUAUCAUGGAGCCCAAAGUGCCAGAUGAUAUUUACAAAACCCACCUGGAGAACAACAGAUUUGGUGGCAGUGGAUCUCAGGUGGACUCUGCUCGUAUGAACCUGGCCUCCUCGUUUGUGAACGGGUUUGUUAAUGCAGCGUUUGGGCAGGACAAACUGCUGACAGAGGACGGCAAUAAGUGGCUGUAUAAGAACAAAGAUCAUGGAAUGCUGAGUGCUGCUGCAUCUCUGGGUAUGAUACUGCUGUGGGACGUUGACGGGGGUCUCACUCAGAUUGACAAAUAUCUCUACUCUUCUGAAGACUACAUCAAGUCCGGGGCCUUGUUGGCUUGCGGUAUAGUGAACUCCGGAGUGCGUAAUGAAUGUGACCCAGCUUUGGCUCUUCUGUCUGACUACGUCCUCCACAACAGCAACGUCAUGAGGAUAGGAGCCAUCUUUGGGCUGGGUCUGGCCUACGCAGGCUCUAACAGAGAGGACGUCCUGUCUCUGCUGCUGCCGGUCAUGGGAGAUUCUAAAUCCAGCAUGGAGGUUGCAGGUGUGACCGCACUGGCCUGCGGGAUGAUCGCAGUAGGCUCCUGUAAUGGUGACGUCACUUCCACCAUCCUGCAGACCAUCAUGGAGAAGAACGAGCAGGAGCUGAAAGACACAUACGCUCGCUGGCUCCCCCUCGGCCUCGGACUCAACCACCUCGGUAAGGGGGAAGCGAUUGAGACCACUCUGGCAGCUCUGCAGGUUGUUCCAGAACCUUACCGUAGCUUCGCAAACACACUUGUGGACAUCUGUGCCUAUGCAGGGUCUGGCAAUGUCCUGAAGGUGCAGCAGUUGUUGCACAUCUGCAGCGAGCACUACGACAACACAAAGGACAAAGACGACGACAAAGACAAGAAAGACAAAAAGGACAAAGACAAGAAAGAAAGUGCAGCGGACAUGGGCUCCCACCAGGGUGUGGCUGUGCUGGGUAUUGCGCUCAUUGCUAUGGGAGAGGAGAUCGGAUCGGAGAUGGCACUGCGCACAUUUGGCCACCUGUUGCGGUAUGGAGAGCCCACUCUGAGGAGGGCAGUGCCACUAGCAUUAGCUCUGAUCUCCGUUUCCAACCCCAGGCUCAACAUUCUGGACACUCUGAGUAAAUUCUCCCAUGACGCUGACCCUGAGGUGUCCCACAAUGCCAUCUUCGCCAUGGGCAUGGUGGGCAGCGGUACCAACAAUGCACGUCUAGCUGCCAUGCUGCGACAGCUGGCUCAGUACCACGCCAAGGACCCCAAUAACCUGUUCAUGGUCCGACUCGCACAGGGUCUGACUCAUCUGGGCAAAGGGACGUUGACCUUGUGUCCAUACCACAGUGACAGGCAGCUCAUGAGUCAGGUGGCAGUAGCCGGACUCCUCACAGUCCUAGUGUCCUUUUUAGACGUCAAAAACAUAAUCUUGGGCAAGUCUCACUACGUGCUGUACGGACUUGUAGCAGCGAUGCAGCCUCGAAUGCUCGUCACAUUCGAUGAGGAACUCCGGCCGCUGCCAGUGUCGGUCCGAGUGGGACAGGCUGUGGAUGUGGUUGGACAGGCAGGCAAGCCCAAAGCGAUCACAGGCUUUCAGACGCACACCACACCAGUGCUGCUGGCUCACGGAGAGAGGGCGGAGCUGGCCACCGAAGAGUACAUCCCCGUCACCCCCAUCCUUGAGGGCUUCGUCAUCCUGCGCAAAAACCCCAACUAUGACGCCUAAACCCCCACAAACACAGACUCUAGUUGAGUGUUUCUCAGUCCUGCUCAUUGUGGACGUUUGUGUUUCUACCUGCUUCCAGCACACCUGACCCAACUCACCACAAAUUAACCAACCCCUCAUGAGGUUCUGAGUGCGGUCCUGCAGGGAAAGGAACAUUUUCAAUGCAUGGGAUUGAGAAACACUCCCCUAGUUCAUCAACACAAACUCAGUCAUUUUUACCUGGGACCUCCAUGUGUGAUAUUUAGAAGGCCCUCUUCCUCCCUUCCCUUCUCCUUACCUUUCUCUGCCUGUGACCAUAAUAAGGUUGGGCUGCACAGAUUCUCUGUUCGUGACACCCGUUACAAGAGCGAGGUUUUUCUCUUUCGCUCUUCGUCUCCCUGUCCCAGCUUUUCUCCUCCUUUUUGUAAGUAGAGCGUGAAGACGAAGUGAAACGUGUGCUCAGAUCCGGCUAAUUAUUUCUUUUCAUUUUGUUGGUUUUGUUAUAUUUUACUGUAAAAGGUUGAGAUAUAAAAAAGAAUUAAAUAAUAAAAAAAGGUA